GUUUAAGCACGUGGCGAACGUUGAUGACGACGUUACCAUGGUUACCAAUAAUUUCCGCUGUGACCGCUGAUCCUCCGGUUCAAAUAAAAGCCAUAUAGUUUGCCAACGUCCUACUAACAAUUUUGAUAAAGUGGAUCUGAAAUGGACGUCAAUGAUGUAGUAGUCCAGAAGCUUCACACAUAGUAUAGAACUGUGUUCUUCUCUAUCAGAGUAACAGCUGGUGAUCAAGAGGUGAAUGAAGACACUGGAGCCAGAGCCAAGAUGGCAGCCAUGGCAAGAAACAUCUCCAAGGACUGGACCUACCUCUAUGAGAGGCUCUUCUCCAAGCUGUCCGAUGAGGGCUUCCACGACAUGUGGAGCAUUGGUGGCUUCCUCGUCGUAUUCAUCUUCUGCACCAUCGUCAUCACCCUGACUCUAGCUGUCAUAUUCAGCUGGUGCUGUGGCUGGUGCUUCGAACAGCCGAUUCUGGGGUCCAGCAAGAUCAGCGUGCUGCUCUCGCCACCAGAACUGUCCAGACAGAAGUCUAUGCAGACACAGGCACCCAGUUUAUCGAAACAGAGCCUGUCCAGACAGAGGUCUAUGCAGACACAGAUACCCAGUUUAUCGAAACAGAGCCUGUCCAGACAGAGGUCUAUGCAGCCACAGACACCCAGUUUAUCAAAACAGAGCCUGUCCAGACAGAGGUCUAUGCAGCCACAGACACCCAGUUUAUCAAAACAGAGCCUGUCCAGACAGAGGUCUAUGCAGCCACAGACACCCAGUUUACCGAAACAGAGCCUGUCCAGACAGAGGUCUAUGCAGACACAGAUACCCAGUUUACCGAAACAGAGCCUGUCCAGACAGAUAUACACCUCGAGGUCUGUGAUGGAUCCAAAGCAUCCCAUAGAGUCCGUUUGGAGUCCUGAGUCUGUGCCCGAUGUGCAAAAGACUGAGAAAAGCAGCAAGAACAAGAAGUUUAAAGCUGGAUCUGUGAAAGUAAAGCAUAAAAUCCAACCUGCAUCCAGGAUUGUGAGGAACAGAGAUGUACCAGUAUAGCUUCGGGCUACCAGACCAAAUCUUCCUUUGUACCUAUGUGUCUGACGGACCUCUGUGACAGCCUCAUUAGAUGUUUCAAGUAAAGCCUUUCAAUGUCAAGUUGUAUUAGUCAUCUGUGCAAGGAUACACAUGGUAUACACUGUCCAAUGAAACGCUUACUUGGAUUU